AAAUAAUAAACAGCUGAUUACUAGUAAAAUGGCGAAUUAUAUUUUAUUCAUUAAAUUGGAUAAGUUAAUAUUUUGAGCGUAAUCCGUCCUUUUAAAAGUAUUUUGAUCAGUUUUUUUUUAAAAUGCCUGGAACAAGUUUAGUGGUACCCGUUGUAUUGUGGGGCAAACAUGCCCCAACACAUUGUAUAUCAUGCAUUUACCUGUCAAAGGAUUUGAAGACAUUGGCCACUGGUUGUUAUGAUGGACAGAUAUGUCUCUGGCAAGUGGAUCCAGAUACACUGCAGAUGAUUCCCAGAUGUCUUUUAGUAGGCCACACAGCUCCAAUUUUAUGUAUCACAAGAGCAUCGAUGAUUCAAGAUAAUAAUUACAUUGUCUCUAGUUCUGAAGCGGGUGAAAUGUGCACUUGGGAUUUGAUAGAUGGUAAAUGCAGAGAAACUGUUAAAAUACAACAAGUACACACUAACAUGCAGGCAUAUCACAUGUGUAAUUGUGAAGAUCUACGUCUUUUCUGCAAUGGAUAUUAUCCCGAAAUCAUAGUAAUGGAUCCUUUCAGUUUGGAAAUACUAUUUAUGCUUUCAUCCAAGCAGAACCCGGAUUGGAUUAGCGCCUUACAUGUACUGAGACCAGCGAAACGUAAAGAUGAUGUAGUACUGGCGUUAACAACGACUGGUAUGGUCAAAGUUUGGACUUUGACAGGUGCUGAAAAUAGACAUCAAGAACCAAUUUAUGAAAACGAGAGUAAACAGAUUAGAACUUUGAACGCUGUAUGUUUGCAGUGCUGCUGUUAUAACCAAAGAACUGUACUGGUAGUUUGUACCAAAUAUUGGCAAAUUUAUGAUGCAGGUGAUUUUAGUGUUUUGUGUUCCUACUUGGCUUCAAGAGGAGAGCGUUGGAUGUCUGGAGAUUUUCUUGCAAUCGAUAGAAUAAUAAUGUGGUCAGAUGCAGGAAAAGGUUAUCUUUACAAAUUACCAGCUAACAGUAUACCAGACCAUGCAGAUUUCCAUACACCAAGUACGGAAAGCGAUAGUCCAUUUCUAUAUUGUCUUCUGAAUCAACCAGACAGCAAGCCUUUGUCUUGUCCACCAUCUAUGCAUUUUAUAACAACAACAAGAGCAAAUAAAACCAACAAAUCUAGAUAUUUGAUAAGAGGUGAUUCUGAAGGCAUUGUGAUGGUAUGGAGCAUACCUGAAAUAUCUGCAGCGCAAUUAGAGGAAAUCCAAAGACAGAAACUACCUCAACCAGUAACAAUGAAAGCCACCCUUACCACAAGUUUGACAGAAGCGUGGGCGGGAAUGAAUCCGAGUCCAGUUGGUAUAUUGGAUCAACUUGAAAAACAGGAAUGUCAGUCUAUCAAAUUGACUGCAAGUAUUUACCUACCCUUGCAAAGUAGAUUAGUUGUUGGACGGGAAGAUGGAUCGAUAAUUAUUGUACCAGCAAAUCAAACAGUUAUGCUGCAAUUACUCCAUGGAAAUCAUCAACAAUUUAACGGUUGGCCUCAACAUCAAAUUUUAUCCGGGCAUGGGGGCAGGGUGAACUGUUUAUUAUAUCCUCACAGAGAACAUUCUAGAUAUGAUAAAAAUCAUUUAGUAUCUGGUGGAGUAGAUUUCGCUGUUUGUUUGUGGGAUUUAUAUGGUGGUACAUUGCUACAUAGAUUUUGUGUCCAUGCUGGGGAGAUUACACAAUUAUUAGUACCUCCGAAUAACUGCAGCGCUCGGAUUCAAAAGUGCAUUUGUUCUGUAGCGUCCGAUCAUUCUGUCACUUUACUUAGUUUAGCGGAAAGGAAAUGCGUAUGCCUAGCUUCGAGACAUCUUUUUCCAGUAACGACAAUUAAAUGGAGACCUAACGAUGAUUUCAUGAUAAUAGGAUGUUCCGAUGGUACCGUUUACGUUUGGCAAAUGGAAACGGGUCAUUUGGAUAGGGUGUUACAAGGUAUAGCGGCCGAGGAGGUGUUAUAUGCUUGUGAAGAGAAUGAAGCGAAUAACACAUCAUCAGAAGUUGGAUUGGCGAAUCCAGCUGUACACUUUUUUAGAGGAUUGAGACACAGAAAUUUGUCAGCUAUAAGGCAUGCCACACAACGAGGUUUGCAUCAGCUACAAAUGCUCGGAGCCCAUACGAACAAUGAUGAUCCCCAUAUGCAAAGGAAUCACAAUUCUCCACUGUCAAUACAAGGCCUAAGAACAAAUCCCAAAGAUCCUGAAAGUCAUAUCCUUUUUUUCGAUAUAGAAGCUUUAAUAAUCGAAUUAUUAAGUGAAGAAUACGAAACAAUGUCUCCGGGUAGUCUUGAAGCAGCUGGAUUAAUAAACGCAUCAGAAUAUUUGAAAGUAGCAGCUUUGACUCAAAGUGCGAGUCCUGAUGCACAUAAAAAGAUUGCCGAUUUUUUUGGGAAGAUGAAAAAUAAAGCUGAAAAUAUGGAAAUGAUUAUUAAGGAAAAAGACAAACAUGGAAUUUUAGCAAAAAUGAAAGAAGGUGCAGAAUCCGCUAUAGCAAAAGCCGAAAGUGUUUUAAAACAUUCCGGAGAACACUUCAAAGAAGGACAUGAAUCGACUUCCAAAAAUAGCAAACCAAAUACAUUAGGACCCCUCGAAGCUAGUCAUGGUAUGGAAAUAGCACAACUGCUUCUAUCUUUAUUACAUUCAUGGGGUUUGGAUAGUGAUUUAGAUCGAGUGUGCCAAGUCAAACUUGGUUUGCUACGGCCCAUGGUACCAAUAUCCUAUGGGGUUCUUUCCAAGGCGAAUCACAUGUCACUCUUCCUACCUACAUGGCACAAUACAAUACCAGUAGACGAAGAGCCUCUUCCAAACGAUUUAUCUCUCACGAACAGCAUACCACCCGAGUUGAUAAGACAAGAACAAGUCACUAGAAUAUUUACAUCUCGAACUCAUUGGGAACUUAGUACAACAUUAACUACUAACCAUCUUUUGGCAAUAAUCGCUCUUAGUCAUACUUUAAUGUCGAUGAGCAAUGCUACUUUUGUUCCCGAACAAGAACGAAAUAGAAAACUACAUAGGCAAUCCACUCGCGUAAAUUGGUCUAAGACUGAUGAAGAACACGAAGAAAUGUUUACACAACAACAAGCUCAAAUCAAACAAGGAUGGUCUCUAUUGGCAACUUUACACUGUGUCCUUUUACCUGAUAAGGUUGUCGAACAUGGUGCAAAGAAUUUCAAGAGACCCCAAGUCGAAAUGAUGGUAAAGAGAUGGCAACAUCAUUGUGUAGAAGUUCGAGAGGCUGCGCAAACUUUAUUAUUGGCGGAGUUGUCCAGAAUGGGUCCAAAAGGUAGAAAGCAACUAGUGGAAUCAUGGGCGCAAUACCUUCCACAAUUUACCCACAUUGAAACUAUCAACCAACAAGUAAAUUCUCCGGUACAACAAACUAAUGGAAAUGCCAAUCAACAACCGCACACUCCUGAUCCAGUGGACGAGGAAUUCGAGGAGGAAGAAGAAGAACAAAUUCGAAAACCGUCCAGUCUAUCGGAGCUAAAGAAGAAGCAAUCGACUGCUGUAAUAAUUUUAGGUGUAAUAGGAGCCGAAUUCGGACAGGACAUCACGUGUAGUGAUAAUAAUAAAAGACGUAUGAGCGAAGAUAGAAGAAAAAGUUCUGUGGUUGAAGGAUUCGGCCCAGGUAACAAUAAUCUAGCAAGACUGACUUCAAUGGCGCUAUCUCAUUUGCUGCUAGCCCCUCCUUCCCCCAAAUUGCCAGCACACAUUCCGUUAAGAAGAGCCGCCAUCGACCUCAUAGGCAGAGGCUUCACUGUAUGGGCCCCAUUCUUAGAUAUUAGUAAAGUAUUGAUAGGUCUGUUAGAACUAUGUUCGGAGGCAGACAGACUAGUACCUAGUAUGACCUACGGACUACCUCUUACACCUCAAGCUGAUUCGUGCAGGACAGCUAGGCAUGCACUAACACUUAUAGCUACUGCUAGGCCAGCUGCAUUUAUAACCACAAUGGCCAAAGAAGUUGCUAGAUAUAACGCCAUACAACAAAAUGCGCAAACUCUGAACAUUAACAUGAAUAACAACGUGUUGCAUAAAGCUAAACCUGAAAUUCUUAGGGGAGUCGAAUUGUUGAUAGAAAAAAUGCAAAACGAAAUGUCAGACCUUCUUGUCGAAUUAAUGGAUAUAAUACUGCAUUGUUUGGAUCCAAGUCAAUUGAAAAAUAAAGGAUUGCAGGACGUGUUUCCAGCUGUUUGUAGAUUCAGUCAAGUAUCACAUUGUCCAGCCACAAGGAGGAUAGCGGUUGGAUCUCAUACUGGUUCACUUACUCUCUAUGAACUUCGACAAGGAAAAUGUGUGAAUAUACGAGCGCAUUCUUCUGCAGUUACUGCGUUGGCAUUUAGUCCAGAUGGAAAAUUUUUAGUUAGUUAUGCAUCUGGCGACAAUAGAUUGAGUUUCUGGCAAACCAGCACUGGUAUGUUCGGUUUGGGCCAAUCGCAAACGAAAAAUGUCAAAUCUUACAGCACAGCGCCUAUAGCUGAUGUGGCUCGAUUAAACCCGAUGCGUCUCGCUAGAUUAAUCUGGAUGAACAACAGAACUGUAUCCCUGAUGCUGGCAGAUGGAUCUGAAACAAGGUUCAACGUGUAACUGAAAGAAAACUUAGGUAAUGUGGCCUUCAAGUCUUUUUAUUAUAUCGUACAGUUACCUUUCGAAUCGCCGUAUAAUGUUCCCAAUUGCGCAUGUCUACGGUGUUAGUUUUACCAUUAUUAUACGAUUUUUUUUAUCUGUGUAGUGGUAUUUUGAUCGAGAGUCUACUUCUACUGACAAUCUGUAUUUAUUAUAUUUUUAUAUACACAGUAUUAGUUUACAUUUGACAGGAGUCAGUUAGUUGAUUGUAGUACAGAACAAUAAAUGAACAUAGUAAGAAGAUAAUAAAACGUUGCCAGGUUGCAAUAAAAAUUUGUAGCAUUUUUGGAUUUUAUUGCAAUUAAAUUUUGUGAUCAAAACGUUUGAACCGUUUAUAACUUUACAUUAAUAGUGUUACUAAUGAUAUGAAGAUGAAAAAAAGCGAGAAGAAACCAAAAAAGUUGUAUUAUCUAGCAAUAAGCUCAAUUUAGUGUUGUAAUGUUGUCAUUUCAUAUAGAUCAUCACUGUAUACAUUAGUAUUAUAAAAAUGUACACUUUAUCUCUUCUUAGUUUCUUCCAAUCAUGAAUCCCUAUGGAUAUGUCCCUUAUCAGAGCUUUUUUUGACAUCUAAUUCUGAACUCCAGUACCUGUGCUGGUUGCAGUAGAGUUGGAUAUUUGUUCUUUCAGUUUUAGUAUCUAAAAGUAUAUUUUCGUGUAUGCUUGUAAUGGUGAGGCAUUUUGUAUCUAGGGGAACUUGACUUUUUUCGUCAUCUCCACAGAAUAUACACUUGUCAGUUUCAGCUAGAUCUAACCCAUAGGAUAAGCUAGUGAGGAGCAUUUUUCUACACCACAGAAAUCAAAAAGUUUUUGUGGUAUUUUUUACAAGCAAGCAGCUACAGCGUCCCUGUCAGAAGCUAUGUCAACAGUUUUGACCUUCUUAUAUAAGUUUUUUCGUGUUAAAUGAGAUUCUUUCUCCACGGUGUACAUUUUAAUAUGUCCACUCAUAGACGAAGUACUUGGAUCCAGUGGCGUUAGGUUGAGUUGUUUUAAAGGUGAGUUGGCUGUGUCUAUUUUGGUACCAAACUACCACAUACCUAUUUCCUUGAGCUGGUUGAAGUAAAUCUUUUGGACACCAAUUUCUUUCACUUAGUGAGUGCAUUGAUUCUUGUAUAACUAGAGUCCAAAUUAUUUAAACAAGUUUUUUUCAGUACUCACAUGCCAACUUCGAGGUAAUUAAUGAAUUGGGAGCUCAGUACUUAAAUUACUGCUUAACUAUUAAAAUUCUGGGGAAACUCGGUGUUUACAGCUGAUCAAUCAAUCCCACUCUUUUCAAAAAGUUUAGUGGGUUGGCUUCAAUUGCCAGAGAUCUUUGUCUUCUACUUCAUACAUUCCCAGGUGUAGUGAUCAAAACUUCUGUAUACUCUCACACUUCAAGAGAAUGUGGGCAGAGGUUUCAUCCACUACUCAACAGAAUCUGCGCAAUGAUGAUCUGCUAUAGCGUUUUCAGGUGUCUAUUAAGGCAACAGUGUCCUUGCGGAACUCCUGUUGGUAUUCCUACUUAGGCCGAUACAUUCAGGAGAUCUUCUUUGAUUAUAGUUUCUCAGGAAUGUAUUUGCCUAUCUCAACCUCUGUAGGUUGUCCCAAUAAUUGAUUUUAUCCCUAUCUACCUUCUUUUCCAAUGCUUUUUCUAUUAUAAUGUCGCUGAUACUGAUACUUUAGCGAAUCUUAUCAGCUAUUGCGUUUCUCUCCAUUCUUGUGUGUUCCUAAAUCCAUUGCAGGGUAACUUUUUUAAAUUUUUCUUGCUUAAUCCGUUCAACUUGUCCAAGCAUUCCCAAACUACUUAGAUUUCAUGAUAUUAGAUCUUAGAGCAUUAAAGGUUGUUUGGCUGUAGGACAGGAUGAUGAUUUCCUGAUUUCCUAUCUAGAUUGAACUGGACACAUUUUUAAAUUGCAUAAAUAUCUGCUGGGUGUGUACCCCAGGCUUUUGGAGUGUUUGGUUCUAUGCCUGUACACUCUUAAUCAAUUUCUGUUGUUUUAAAGCCAUCCGUGUACUAUUUGAUGGUAUUUCUGUUCAUUUCUCAUAUGGUGUUUUGAUCCCACUUGCUUCCUUAGUAUUGAGGUGAUUUUUUUCUCAAAGCUAAACUUUAUUGGUAUUUAAUCUUGAGACGCUUAUUGGAGGUACUCAUAUUUUCGCCAUAAAAACAAAUUGGGAUACGAUAUGAGAUAUCAUUGUCUCAAAUCGGCCUUUAUGUUAUAACCCAUACGCCUUUUAUUAUAAAAUGUCUGUGGCUUGCCUUAACCCCAAAACUCUUAUAAGGUGGUGAUAGUGUUUCAAUGCUAGUUAGUCUUGUAGAUUUUCUCACAAAUGUACUUUGUACACUUUCCUUUUAUGUCUUCAAGGUCCUUAUCAUCUUGUUGUUUGUUGUUUAUUUACAGAUUAUAAACGCAAAUCGUUUUUCCUACUUAGUUUAAGAUAUUUAAGUGAAAUUGAUUAGGCAAUAACAUUUAAUCGGUGGAAUUAGAUACUCGAUGGAAAUAAAAAAUGAAAAACGACGAGCGACAAUAAUUUGAAAAUGACGAUCGUUAUUAAAAAAAAAAAGAUAGAGAUAUAUUAUAAUUACUUUAAAAAAUUGAGCUGAAUAGGGAAAUAUUUAUCAUACAAUGCUUCAGACUAAUGUGCCUACAAAGUACAUAUUAUUUUGUAUAUAUUUUUUUAAUUUUAAUUUAUUCCAAUUUUACAAUAAUACAUUAAUAUAUGAAAAAGUUUUAUUGGAUUUUAUGUUUUUGCUUAAGAUCUCACGGAGUCGAUACAAAAGGCGCUUUUGAACGUUUUAUUUCUGGUUCUAAGUAAAUAAUUCUUGAGAAUUUAUGUAUAGAACUUCAUGUGACUCUAGAAAUACUGCAUUAACUAUUCUUAAUUCACUUUUCCAGUUGAUUAUAAUAAUUUUAUUGUAGUUUUUGUAAAAAAGCAAAGAUAUUGUACAUCUAGUAGGCAUUUUCAAAAAUUGUUGGUUUCUCGUUUACAAUUUUUUUCAAAAAGUUGUGAAAUAGUGUAUACGAUAACAAUUAUUUUCGCAUGAAUAUUAUAUCUUUCAUAAAUUAUAAAAAAAACCUGUACAUUGAUGAAAUUCUAAUGAAUCUAUAUGGUAUAUAAUGUAUCUAGUGAAAGCAUGUUAAUGUACUUUUCAUUUUUAGUUAAAAUAUUCAUUGUGGUAAGUGUAAAAAAUUUUCUCUACAAAAUAUGACUUUGUUGGAUAUUUUUAUAUAAAAUAUGGUGAAUAUCGCAAAAGUUUCAAAUUCUUGUCACAUAUUUUGUUGUAUUUUGGACAAACUACAAUGACUUUCUCUUUAAACUUCUUCUAUUUUCUUUAUUCAAUAUAUUUCACUAGGAAUUGGUUGUACCUCCAGCUCCUGUACCAACUGCUACUACUCCUAUUCCUUUUCUAGAGGACAAACUAUUAUCUAAAAGGUCUUUUCUAUCAUUGAGAGACUAAGACUAUAGUAUUAGGUUUCAUAAUAAUAUAUUUGGACAAACUAAAAUGACUUUCACCGUUUACAACCAAAUCAUUUGGAGUCUCAUUACACUUCUUCUAUUUUCUUUUGAUAUAUUUCAGUAGAAAUUGGUUGUACCUCCAGCUACUUUCAGAGAACUUACCAACUAUUACUUUUUUAAUGAAAAUUUCAACAAAGUCAUCAUGUUUAAAUUGUAAUUUUAACAAAUUUUGAAUGUGAAAUUAGUAUUUACUAGUCACCUUUCGAGGUUUACUUUAGCUUUUCACACACAAAAAAACCGUUUCCUGUGAAAAUUUUAGAUGAUAGUUUCAAUUUUUAAAACGCAUGUUUGAAAAUAAUAAUAACGUUAAAAAUCUAUUGUCAAAUUUGUUUAAUUCUAGUCACUUAUCCUUCUAUCUAAUGUCAUGUUUCUCUUUGUAUUAUAAUAAUAAUAAUAAAAUAUUCUGUAUAAACAUUAUAUGUAAAGUAUUAAUCUAAAAAUUGUUGGCAACAGCAAAUGAAAAAUAUUUUGAUUGAAAAUUUAUUUUUUUUUGUUAUGAAUAGUGCCUCUUCACGUUAUAUUAAUAUAUCGAGUAAAAUUUUAUUAUUUAUUGUUAUGCAGGGCUUAACAAAGAUAUAUUUUCAAUAAUUAACCAUUGUCAUAUGUCUGUUUUGAUAAUGUUCUCGAAAAAAAACUUCUUUUUAAAACUAUUUCUCUAUUUUACCUCAAUAUGAAAUAAGACUCCGUAGUAGUUUUACAUAUAAAGUUGAAUCGACUGCUGUGACCUGAAGAUUUGAAAUAAAACACAAAAUUUCUAAUCUUAUCAAAAUUUAUUGAAUCAUUUUCAAAAUAGACUUUAUUUGGAGCGAUACACACCUACCGAUGCUAGUUGCUGUUUCCAAUUUCCAAGAUGGGCUUCAGCUUUCGAAAUUUUCUUUGAUUUCAUCGUUGGAGAUAAAAAAUGAGAGUAGAGUCUCUAUAAGCCUAAAAGGAAUCAUUUGCUACGACAGUAGAAUACUGUGGAGGACUUAUUCGAAGAGCUGCUGUAUGAAGGCGUUCAGUUCGGUAUUGUAAUUAUAAAAAAAUAAAAUUACUCACAAGACGUUAAGGGGACAAUUUAAAUGAAAAAUUUCAGGUACUAUAGUCAUUUAAAUAUUUGUUUUUACGUUUCCAUACAUUUUUGAAUGGUUUCCUGAUCAUGGACAGAUGGUCCUUCGAGCCUUCUCUAAUUCAUAUCUGAUUGUUUUUGCAAAGGUAGUAAAUAGUGAGAAUAUGUUAGUAAAAAGACUGUUUUAAUUGUAUUAACCUAGGCACUAAAUAACAACGAAAAUAUUCACAAUAAAUUUUCAAUUAAAAGUGAAAAGUAGUAUAGUCAGUGUUGAAAUGAUAUAUAUUUAUAUAAAGUACAAAACUCGUGUAUUUGUACGAAUAUUGCUACGAUCUUGUUUUCGAUUUUAAAAUUAAUUGUGUAAAAGAAUUAUAUGAUACUAAUUAAAUAUUUAGAUGAUUAUAUCAUUUAUCGGUAUAAUGUUUAUAAAAUAUGUAUAUAAAUGUUAUUUAUUUUUAAAGUUAUUAGUUUAGAAAAUAAGUAUAUAAAAAAAAUUUAUUUUAUUCCUAUUUAGUGAAUGCUGUAAAAUGUUGUUGAUCAAUUUUUAUUAAACAAAUUUCAAUGAUAAAUUUUUUUUUUCAAUUUGUAUUUAUUAUAAAAUACAUUUUAAAAAUCAGUCGCAAGCUUUAAAUAAACUAUCCGAUGCUGAUAUUUAAUCCUACCAUCCAAAUAAAUUUUAUUUCAUAAUUA